AUGGACAGCAACUUGCAAUCCGGGGGGGCGAAGGCACGCAGGAAGACCGAGACCAAUGGGGAUAUGGAUGCCCUGGUGGCGGAGGUUCUUCACCGCAUAGGCCUUCAAGCCUCCGAUGGCGUUGGUUCGGCGUCGUCGAUGCACGAAAAGAGGUGUGAGGGGGAAAAUGAUGUCUCAGUCGUGACAGGAAGCACAGGGGAAGUGGCAGAACUUUCAUUUUCGGGAUUUCCGCAAUUUGAGCACUGUUGCAGCGCGGAAUUCCGCCGUCUUCUCACCUACCGGUAUCUGAAGGCGAACAAUUUUGACGUGGAGGAUACCGUGGCAAUGAUUGUUGACACGAAUAAAUUUCGAAAACAGCACAGACUGGACUCAAUCAUGAUAUUUCCUUCCCUGAUUCCCUUGCGUGGCUUUUCAGAAAAUGAAAUCUGCGGCACAUUGCACCUUCCAAUGGCAAUGGAGAAUCCGAUGGGAUCGGGAAGCCAUGACAAUACGUCUUUAAGGGAUAGUCAGAUGGAGUAUCUAAAUAAUCAUCAUAUUCUACGUCCAAUCGUGAAAUUAAUCACUAGACAUUAUGCGAAUAGUAUUCAUUAUUGGGAUAAGGAUGGCCAUCCAGUCUUAUAUGGUAGGCUGCAGCAUAUAAAGAUUCAUGAGCUUUAUCGUGAAUUGCGACGCAUCUCACCGCUUCGUCAACGUCCAGAAGAUCUCAUUCUGCUUUUUCAUUUGUACGGCAAUGAACUCCUCUGGAGGGUAGUACAGUACUGCAGUGUACGGAACAGGGUUUCAGGAACAGAGCAAGAAAUUGGAUGGAAAGAAACUAUGACAACUGUGACUGUGGUUGUGGAUUGCAAGGGAGCACGUCUUCUUGAUUAUAUUUGGGGGCCUUUUCCAAGAAUCCUUCGUGAGAUUAUUAAUCUUGACCAGAAGUAUUAUCCGGAAAUUCUCCACAAAUUGGUUCUGGCCAACUGCCCCAAGAGCGUUGCCUUUGCCCAUUGGUUUUCAAAGCAACUUGGAGCUGGCAAGCAAAGUCUCCGGCGAAAGAUUUUAUGCGUUAGUGAAGAAAAUGCACCGUCUUUAUUAAAAUUGUUGAUCGAUGAAGACAAAUUGCCUGCUUUCUUGGGUGGGACAUGCAGGUGCGAGGGGGGUUGUGUGCCUCUGAACGGAUCCACAAGCAAUGGCACUAUGUGUUACUUCUUUGAUUCAAAUAACUUGGCCCGAAUGGUGCACCCGAGUGGGAGCGUGCUAAGCAUGGAGGAUUUGCCUUUUGAACAGCUUGAAGGCGAAGCUGGCAGUUUGAGUUUUUUAGUUCAGAAAGAAACGGAAAAUUUUGUCGUUCGGGCCCGCCGCAAACUCACCCUCACUUAUGAAGUCGGAGACCCUGAAGAAAUCACGUGGGAGUUUGCGGUGAAGCACGGUGAAAUUGGGUUUAGUGCCGUCUUUGUCGCGUGCUCUGCGGAUGGUCAUACCGAAAUCCUGAUGCCGCCAAGUACGGUGAAGGAGGCGGCAGACCAUUUCGUGUUUGGCACACGGGGAGAGCUUAUCUUGACGUGGGACAACACGCGGUCAUUACUUACCGUGCGUAAAAUUCAGCUACGUGUGCACCGUCGGGUGCAAAGGCUUGCCCCGCAAAGGGAGGCGAACGUUGCCACAGUGACUGAAAGGAAAUGA